AUCCCCAGCCAACGAACCUGUCGGGCCAUACAGCUGGGUCAGCCUACAGACCGACGACGACUAUCAAGCGAAUCAGAGCUACGCAGCGGCAACAGCAGCAGCGGCAGCAGCAGUUAGAAGUGUAUUCCAGCUGAGACGACAACGACUGCUUCCAGCAUCAGAACAUCAACAACACGACUACGCAACAGCAAAAGCAAAGCAAUAAGAGCGUGAGCGUGAGCGGGUUAAGAGAAGAUGUCGUCGCGUAUGUUUAAAUUCGGCGUCACGGCGGCCAGCGCCUGUGUUGGCUCUGUGAUAGCGUCGUGGAGCAUCGAUCGCUGGAACUCUCCACAUGUGGUCAACAAUGCCGUGCAACGACCCCCUAAACGCAAGCGUACUCUGCCCAUGCGCAGCGAACAAAUCAAGUCUCUGAUGAGCGGCGAGGAAUUCGAUGUGCUCAUUAUUGGCGGUGGCGCCACCGGAGCGGGUUGCGCCCUGGACUCUGUUACCAGAGGUCUGAAGACGGCACUCGUGGAGCUGGAUGACUUUGCCAGCGGCACCUCAUCGCGUUCCACCAAGCUGAUCCAUGGUGGUGUGCGUUAUCUGCAGAAGGCCAUUCUAGGCCUAGACUUGGAGCAGUACAGGAUGGUGAAGGAGGCGCUGCAGGAGCGUGCCACAAUGCUUGAGUCGGCGCCCCAUUUGACGCAUCCGCUGCCCAUUAUGCUGCCUGUUUACACAUGGUGGCAAGUGCCCUACUAUUGGGUGGGCAUCAAGGCCUACGAUCUGGUGGCAGGUGAUCGAAAUGUGAAGAGCUCGUAUCUGUUGUCGAAGAACGAUGCUCUUGAGUUGUUCCCCAUGCUCAAGAAGGACAAGCUGUGCGGUGCCAUUGUCUACUACGAUGGCCAGCAGGAUGAUGCUCGCAUGUGCCUUGCCGUUGCACUGACUGCGGCCAGACACGGUGCCACCGUUUGCAAUCAUGUGGAGGUCAAGGAGCUCAUCAAGAAGGACGACGGCACCGGCAAGAAGGUGCUGUGCGGCGCCAAGGUAAAGGAUCAUAUUUCUGGCAAGGAGUUCACCGUGAAGGCCAAGUGCAUCAUCAAUGCCACCGGCCCAUUCACCGACUCCAUUCGCAAAAUGGACGAGCCGACGGUGAAGAGCAUCUGCAGCCCCAGCUCGGGUGUGCAUAUUGUGCUGCCCGGCUACUACAGUCCCGAUCAGAUGGGUCUGCUGGAUCCGUCCACCUCAGAUGGUCGUGUCAUCUUCUUCCUGCCGUGGCAACGUCAAACCAUUGCCGGCACCACAGAUCUGCCCUGCGAUAUUACGCACAGUCCCCGCCCCACCGAGGAUGAGAUUCAAUUCAUUCUGAGCGAAAUCAAGAACUAUCUGAAUGCCGAUGUUGAGGUGCGUCGUGGCGAUGUGCUGUCUGCCUGGAGCGGCAUUCGUCCGCUCGUCUCCGAUCCGAACAAGGACGACACACAGUCGCUGGCUCGUAAUCACAUUGUCCACGUCAGCCCCUCGAAUUUAGUCACCAUUGCCGGCGGCAAGUGGACCACCUACAGGGCCAUGGCCGAGCACACAAUCGAUGCAGCCAUUAAGGCUUGCAACCUGAAGCCUGAGCGCCCAGAGGCUGUGACAUCUUAUCUGAAGAUUGAAGGCGGUCAGGGCUGGACACCAACCAUGUACAUCAGACUUGUGCAAGAUUUCGGACUCGAGUGCGAGGUGGCACAGCAUCUGGCCAAAUCAUAUGGCGAUCGCGCCUUUGCCGUCUCCAAGCUGGCAACACUGACUGGCAAACGUUGGCCCAUCAUUGGCAAUCGCAUCCAUCCCGAGUUCCCCUACAUCGAUGCAGAGAUUCGUUAUGGUGUGCGUGAAUACGCUUGCACUGCCGUCGAUAUGAUUGCGCGUCGUCUGCGCUUGGCCUUCCUCAAUGUGCAGGCCGCACAGGAGGCAUUGCCUGUCAUUGUGGAUAUUAUGGGCGAGGAGUUGCAGUGGUCCAAGGAUGAGAAGGAGCGUCAAAUCAAGCAUGCCACCGAUUUCUUGGCCAACGAGAUGGGACACUCGAUCAAUCGCACAUCGAAGGAGAGAAUACCGAUUAAGCUGUCCAAGGAGGAGAUUCAGACAUAUGUGAAACGCUUCCAGUUGAUCGACAAGGACAAGAAGGGUUAUGUCUCCAUCAAUGACAUUAGACGGGCACUCAAGAGCUUCGGCGAUGGCGAUGUGUCUGGCGAGCAGCUGCACGAGAUUCUCAAGGAGAUUGACACCAACAUGAAUGGCCAAGUGGAGCUCGACGAAUAUCUACAGAUGAUGUCGGCGAUCAAGACUGGCGACGUGGCCUAUUCCCGAUUUGCGCGCAUGGCCGAGCUGGAGGAGCAGAAGCACGAAGCGGCCAAUCUCAAGCAGAAGAUCAGUGUCGAUCGCUCCGGUGGCGGCCUCUAAGCGACUUAAUGAUGUUAACGACGUCGAUGGUUAUGAUUAUGAUGAUGAUGUUCAUCUACAAAUCAUGCACAUUUUCUAUAGCAUUAAGUUCCACAACGAGUAUACAAACAAAGCUAUCCAAUUAUUUCUCUUCUCUUCAUUUUAUUUUAUUGUUAAUAAAGUCUUGAAACUUA